UUAUUUUCAUUAUAUUAUAUAAAUGCAAUAUUUGUUAUUAUAUUAUUAUUUGAUCUCGUUUUCACAUUGAAGAAGAAACUCUUCAUUACAUUGGGAGAAAAAAAAAGAGGCAAAAAACCAAAAAGGAAGAUCCGAAAAUUUUCCCACGAAAAUCUCAGAUUCUGGGGAAAAAGAAAGGAAAUCGCCAAGCAGAGAAUAAGGCAAAAUUUCAUUCCUAUUGGAAUAUUUGGGCUGAGAUUUUUCUCUUUUCUUUUGGAUUUGUUCAAACGAUAAAUCUAUCUUUGGGACACAAAAAAAAAGUUAAAUUUAAGAGAUCGUUUUUUAUUCUUUUCAAGUUUUCACAUUUUGUUCUUCGUUUGAUCUUUCAUCGGAAAAAAGGAAAAAUCUUAUUUUCCUUUUGUGUUUGUUUCCUUUUCGUUUGUUUGAUCAUUGUGAUCAUCGUCUCUACUUACAUACAACUCAUAAACGAUUUUUUCUCAGAGGAUUAGAGACGAGUUUUGAUUUUGUGUCUGUGACUGUGUUUGUUUCAUAACGAGCCAUGUCGGAAACUCAGCAGCAGGUUCAGAACUCUACUGGGUCGAUUCGAUCUCCCGACAAAAUUGAAGAUACCUUCAGGAGGAUGAAAGUUAAUGAAGACAAUAUGGAGCAAUCUAGUCCAUAUCCUGAUCGUCCUGGUGAGCGAGAUUGCCAGUUCUUUCUGAGAACUGGUCAGUGUGGCUAUGGAAACUCUUGUCGAUACAAUCAUCCUCUUACUAAUCUUCCACAGGGUAUUAUUUAUUACAGAGACCAAUUGCCUGAGAGAGUUGGACAGCCUGACUGUGAGUAUUUUCUGAAGACAGGAGCCUGUAAGUAUGGCCCAACAUGUAAAUAUCACCACCCUAAAGACAGGAAUGGUGCUGGACCCGUGCUGUUCAAUGUUCUCGGUUUGCCUAUGCGGCAGGGUGAGAAGCCAUGUCCAUAUUACAUGCAGACAGGAUUGUGUCGAUUCGGAGUUGCCUGCAAAUUCCAUCAUCCUCAUCCUCAUUCUCAGCCUUCUAAUGGCCACUCUGCAUAUGCAAUGUCCAGCUUUCCGUCUGUUGGUUUUCCUUAUGCCAGUGGAAUGACAAUGGUGUCUUUGCCUCCUGCAACAUAUGGAGCUAUUCCACGUCCUCAAGUUCCUCAGUCUCAGGCCUAUAUGCCCUACAUGGUUGCACCCUCCCAAGGCCUUUUACCUCCUCAAGGCUGGGCCACUUACAUGACUGCAUCUAACCCCAUUUACAAUAUGAAAACUCAACUCGACUCCAGUUCUAGCGCAUCGGUGGCUGUGACCGUGACAUCACAUCAUCACAGUUUUUCUGAAAGAGCUGAAUGUAGGUUUUUUAUGAACACUGGAACUUGUAAAUAUGGUGAUGAUUGCAAAUACAGUCAUCCGAAAGAAAGAUUGUUACAAUCACCACCAACUCUCUUGAACCCUAUUGUUCUUCCAGCAAGACCAGGACAGCCAGCAUGUGGUAACUUCAAGGCCUACGGAUUUUGCAAGUUUGGAGCAAACUGCAAAUUUGAUCACUCAAUGCUGCUAAACCCUUAUAACAAUACGGGCUUGGCCAUGUCUUCUCUGCCUACUCCUUAUCCUUAUGCUCCACCUGUUUCAACUAAUUUGAGGAUCUCAUCGCCACCAAGCCCCUCUGAUAUGACUACCCUAUCCAAUGGUAAACCCGCUGCUGCAGAAGCUCAAAGCUUGGAGACUGAGAAACAAGACGAUAGUCCAACAGAACCAGAAAAAUCAGAAGUGGAGGACUCAUUGCCACCAAACGGCUCUGAUUCAACCUCCCUGCCCAAUGAUAAACCUGAUGCAGAGACUGAGAAACAAGACGAUGAUUCUGCAGAACUGGACAGCUCAAAAGUGCAGGAUUCAUCUGAUAAAUCUACAUGAUCACGAUCAUGAUCUCACAAUCUGGCAGAGUCUUUCCCUGUCAGGGGUAUCUAACGGUCUCAAAAUGAUCUCUCUGCCCUUUUUGUUAAUUUUUUUGGAAAGAGGGCUUGGAAAUGUUCUAUCUUUUUUUUUUUUUUUUUUUCUUCUUCUUUGGUUUCGGAGACAGCAAUGGCUGAAACAAAAUAGGAAAAGAACAGUGUUUUGAAUUGGUUAAUAAAACUUGACAUCCUUUAGCACAAUUUUCAGAUUCUCAACAUAUCAAGUUCCAUGAUUUUU